CCUGUCGUUCUCUUCUACAUUUUCAACUCUUUCACAUCAUUCACGCCUACCUACCACUUAAUUACAUACAACCUGUAUUAUAUUAUAUUACUACAACCACACUACUAUACAAUUCACGAAUUCUAAGUUUAACUUCAACACCGUUAGUAAUGGCACUUCCGUCAGUGACAGCUUUGGAGAUCGAGAACUACGCAUUCCCUCCCACCGUGAAACCACCCGGAUCCACCAACAACUUCUUCCUCGGCGGUGCAGGAGAGAGAGGCAUUCAAAUUCAAGACAAAUUCGUCAAAUUCACCGCCAUUGGUGUUUAUUUGCAGGAUAUCGCUGUUCCAUAUCUUGCAGAGAAAUGGAAGGCCAGAUCUGCUCAUGAAUUAACGGAUACCGUUCCCUUCUUCAGAGACAUCGUUACAGGUCCAUUUGAGAAAUUCAUGCGGGUGACAAUGAUCUUGCCGUUGACGGGACACCAAUAUUCAGAGAAAGUGUCUGAAAAUUGUGUAGCCAUUUGGAAGUCUCUUGGGAUUUAUACUGAUGAAGAAGCUAAAGCAAUAGACAAGUUUGUUUCUGUUUUCAAAGAUGAAACAUUUCCACCAGGCUCCUCUAUCCUUUUCACAGUAUCACCCAAAGGAUUAGGAUCAUUAACGAUAAGUUUCUCAAAAGAUGGAUCUAUUCCAGAGGUUGAGACAGCAGUUAUAGAGAAUAAACUACUUUCACAAGCUGUGCUUGAGUCAAUGAUAGGUGCGCAUGGCGUCUCCCCUGCAGCAAAACAGAGUUUGGCCUCCAGAUUAUCCAAGUUAUUCAAAGAGGGUGGUAAUGCUAACAACUGAGUAUAUCAACAAACGGAAGAAGCUGAAAGUUCUAUUCUGCAAUAAAGACCAAGCGGAGAUUUUAUCUUAGGUGUACUUUCAAAUUACUUCAAUGGGACUGGCUUCUCAAUGUACUAAUAAAGAUCGUUUGUUUGUCUGUGUUUGUUUGUAAUAUUAUUCUAGAAAAAGAGGUAAGAUAUGUAACAUUUAUAUGUUUAUAUCAGUUUCUGAAAAUUUAUUUGCAGGAAUAAUUGAUUUCCACAAAUUUUUUUCCCCCAGA